AUGUCUAAAUUUAGAUAAGAAGUCUCAUAGCAAUUUCACAACAAUUCUAAAACUAAAUGUGCAGUUAAUUCUGUUAGCAAAUGUGUUGAUAAAUUGGCAUGUAUUUAAUAUGCAAUUGCAUGCUAAUGUUACAUAGAUAACAAUGAAGCUAAUUGUACAUGGGAUACUAAACCCUAAAAAGUUAUGAUAUUUUAUGUUUGAAGAAUGCAGAUGAUUAGAAAAAUUUUAUCACCCAUGCUUAUGUACAGCUAAAUUUAAUUAAAGCACCCUCACUAAUUCACCAUGGUGACUUGAAAAAGGUGCUUUUACUGAUUAUCGAAAUGAAAAAGUUUGUUUGGGAGCAAUCCUUGGAGAUAAAGCUUAAUGUAAAUUGGAUAUGGGUACUAAACCUUAUAAAGAUCUGGCUAUAUUUAAUUGCUCUAUAGUAGAAGGAAAAAUCUUAAAGGUGGUUAUUGUAAUUCUUUUGA